UUAUUUACAUAAAAGCGUUUAAACACAUAUGUUAUAGUUAUUAUUGACUUUGUAAAAAAAGAUGGAUAAUUCAAUAUACAUUACAAUAAUAUUUGGAAUAGUGCUGCAUGUAACUGUAGAUGGAUGUCUUCUGCCUUUAAGCAGUGGAACCUGGAUAUCAAGCACACGCGGUACAUGGACAGUGUCGGAUAAUGGAACGCACUCAACCAUAGCAAACUUCGAGGCUGACCUAACCGGGGCAUCAACCACAGCCACGCUUGAAUGUAAAAGUAGUUCAGGAACACAAUAUAUCCUUGGAGCAACAUUUGAGAUUUUCUUUACUGUAUUUGUUGAUGUGUAUAUAUGUAUUGACAUACGUACCACGUCUGUGUCUCCUAACAGUUACGUCUACUAUAUUGUCACACCAACUGAUGCUAGUACGGGUGAGCAGUUUACAAGUGAUAUAAGUAGUGCAUGUACAAAUUCCAACUACGAAACGGCUGUCAAUACACACGUGAUACUCAGAAGUGGUUCGGAGACAUCUGCUGCAGUUAACUAUCCCGAUGUUAUACUAGGAAAAUACACCGUUGAUUACUACGACAUUGACGGCAACUCCAUAAUGGGAUCAGAUAUGAACUCUUGCAAUAACUCAACUCUUAUGGAAUUCAAUAACGUGGACUCGAACACAAAACUAGCUUUCACAAGUGGUAAUGUUCUACAGGCCGUACAUUCUUUGACGUCAGGAUCAAGUGUUUACGUACACACAUACAACCGCGACACAAAUGUUACAAAUCCCACAACCUACAACAUCGCUUGCUGGGUUAUAGUUAAUUCUGGUAGUCCAGUGACAGCAACUGUUUACCCCAAUGAGUGCAUUCAAGGUCAAACUUCAACUUCUGCUGCUUACGGGGGACAAAAGUUUGUUUUUACCCUUCGUUAUAGCUGUCGUAAGUAUUGUAAAAUCAUUCCUUUUCUAAUGGUUGCCUGGAACGAUCUAACAAUACUUUCAGCAUUGUACAUAACAUUUAAUUGAACGCUGGUAGUAGUUAUAAAUGUGAUAAAAUCAGAUUUCUGGACCUUGUCCGAUAUCAUUAUUUUUAAAAUCAUACCAUCUAAAUAUGCAAAGAUUAAACUUUCUUAUUUUUCCAUUGUAAUCUCCCUUUUAAAAAUUUAACUUAUGGACUCUUAAAUAUCACAGAAAUAAAUCAAUCAUUUAAAAACUGUUCAGUAGAAUUAAACAAUCUCUCAAAUAGGCGGCAAUUCAAGUAAAGUAUAUUAGAGAUACAAAAGAGGUGUACAAUGUCCCAUGAGUUCUGUGAUAUAACGGUAUUAUAUGUUUGUAUAACUCAUUGGUUUAUAUGUAUCUAGCCUUGAACGAGACCCCAACCGGGACGUCAGGACUCGCUGGUUGGCAGAUAGCCCUCAUUGUGCUUGGCAUCCUCGCUUUCAUCUUUAUUGUCAUCAUUUUCAUACUGUAUAAUAUACAUGAGAAAACAAAGGCACGUCAAGGACAGUGACCCAGAGAAAAACACACUAAAAGGUAGAAUCUGGUGUAUUGGAACUUGAAUAUUAUCAUCACCAGAGUUUUUUACAAAUGUAUGUUGAAAAUAGUUUUAAGUUAAUAUAGUGUUCAAUAUAGAAUGAUAUUAAAUUGUGUUUGUGACAGAUAGUGAUGAUAAAUAUUCUGUGGAAAAUGACAUAUAAUAAUGUCAUAUUAUGUUGUGUUUUAUUAUAACAUAUUCUUGACAUAUUAUAAGAACAGAAAGUGUAGGAAUAUGAUGUAGUUAUGUGAUGAUAUGUGAUUGUAGUCAUGACAUUCAUACAUGUACUUGCAAUAACUUAUUAUAUGAACUUUAUUAGGUGUUGAUAUACACACUUUGUUUAUUGUGCUUAAUAAGUUUUAUUUGUCAGAUCAAAUUUUAGGAAUUAUGAUAUUGAUUUACAUUAUAUAGUAUUGAACUGGUAACUCGUCUUACUUAGAGAUUUGAUAUCAUAAUUUAUAAAAGAAAAGUUUUAAA